CAUCUCUCCUGCCCAUGAUUAUCCCAUCACGAUUGGACCGUUCCUACCCUCACUAACGUUCUGUCACCUUCAUGCAGUUUAAUUCGGCGCUCCAGACGGAGCACUUGCUUUGAAUUUGCUACGCCUCGGCUAGAAUAUUUGUGGUCUUAAUUUAUUGCAUAAUUGUAGCGCUUCAUUGCAGUCUAAUCAUCUGGGUCUAUGCCAGGAAUGGGUCGUCCCUGAUGCAUAUAUGCGCCUUGUUAUUUUUCUCAGCGCGUGCAAGACGAGUCUACAGCAAAACCACUCCUGCUGUGCUGAUGUUAAUCCGACUUAAGGCUAAAACCGCGCCCGGACAUAUAUCCGCUUAAACGCCGUAAUCUGUGUUGGGCCAACUUAAUUUCCAGUGUGCGGGGCUGUGUGAUAUUGCCUUUCGGACUUCAUCGUCCUUCCACCGGUGGUGGACUCUGUUGUAUCGGUCAAUUCUGGACCCUGACGGUAAGUCGGAAGCAUGAAGUGGUACCGGCUGUUGGCGCUCUUCAUCACAUUCGUAGCUGCCCUGCUAAUCGGCGCCGUGGUCUUCAAAUAUUUGGAGGAGACCUACCACCCUGGCGUACCGGCCGCGCCCGAAACUACGACUAGCCGGCCCGAGGGGGACGAGCUGGCGGUGGUGGAGGACUUCGUCUCCCGGAAGAACCUCUGCGUCUCCGCGCAGGAACUGUUCGAGCUCAUCGAUGCCGUGCAGCAGGUGCGGAGCGCGUCGAUUAAUCAAGAUUUUGUCAAUAAUGUCACCGAGACUGCCAAGAAUGACACGAGAAGAACGCCUUACAAGAUCGGCUUCUUCGACUCCUUCUUCUUCUGUGGUACGAUCGCCACCACCAUAGGGUAUGGGCACAUCUAUCCUUUCACGGACGCAGGCAAGGUGUUUUGCAUCGCCUACGCACUUGUGAGCAUCCCGCUUACCCUGUUCAUGUUGGCUGGCAUUGGCGGGAAGCUGGGAAAUGCCAACAGAUGGGUGGAGAAUAGGGUCAAAAGAGUUAUCCGCCGUCCCUAUCUAAUCAGGGUCUUUAUGGUACUUUUCAUCACCAUAUUCGGUCUGGGCCUGUUCUGCUUUGUCCCUGCUUACAUCAUCAUGUACGUGGAAAAGUGGAGCUACCUGGACUCUCUGUACUACGUCUUCAUCACGCUCAGCACCGUCGGGUUUGGGGACAUGGUCGUGGCGCAGAACCCGGUGAAGGAACACUGGGCGUACGACAUCUUGUACAAGAUUGCGGUCCUGUGCUGGAUCGUGGUCGGCCUGAGCUUCUUGGCCACCAUCUUUGACCUGAUUGCUGAGGCCAUGCGAGGGCUGAAGGAGAGGCUGGAGGAAGAGAUGCGGUCGAAUCCGCAUCUUCGACAGGUGACGGACUUCGCGGGGAAGGUUGGGAGCGAGGCUAAGGAUCUGGCUGGGAAAGUUGGGAAGGUGGGGUCAGAGGUCGCUCACGUCGCCAGCAUGCCGGUCAAGGGCAUCAAGAAACUGAGCCAGAAGGACAAGGACAAGGAAGACAAAGAGAAGGAAAAGGAUGGCAAGCAGAAGACAAAGGAUGACAAAAAGAAGAAGGCGACAACACCAACCGAAGAAGACGCCAUCGUCGGAACUGAGGGAAGCUACAGGAAGACAGGAAGUCACGAGAACCUUCCUGAAGUAGGUGUACCCAACGGACCGGAAAUACCGGCUCAAAGUCAAGAUGAUCAAAACAUUCCACAAGAAGGGAUACAAAUGGAGAACAUCCCUAGUAAGGAAGAAGCGGAAACUGCUAAGCAAAGUCAAGAACAGCCGACUGAACCGACCAAUCAGGUUCCCUCUUCUGACGAAACAGCCCCUUCUGAUGUGAAGAAAGUGGCGACGGAGGAACCGGAUGUGACGCAAGAGGUACCGGCUGUAAAACCAGAGGUACCAAAGGUUAAGCCAGAGGUACCACAAGAAAAGCCAGAGGUACCAAAAGAAAAGCCAGAGGUACCAAAAGAAAAGCCAGAGGUACCAAAAGAAAAGCCAGAGGUACCAAACGAAAAGCCAGACGUACCGAAGGUAAAGCCAGAAGUAAACGUGGCGUCAGAGGCACCGGAAGUAACGCCAGAGGCACCAGAACAGGUGACCCAGUCGACGGAAAGCGCACCAAAACCGGAAGAGGCGGAGCCAGCAAAGGUGGAGCACGUUGAUGAGACUUUAGGAGCCCAAGAGAGCACAGCUGGUGCAGAGAAAGAUUCUGCUGCUGGAAAAGACGGCACGACAGUAGGCGCUGAUGCAAAUGAACCACCAGACUCUACUGACAAAAAACAAGAGGACCUGGACAGGCUCAUCUAAAAUUGCAAAAUGUUUAAAUGACAAGCGUUUUAGUAAACCGAGAAUUAAUUAACAGAUUUUAAACCCAUCACAAAAUAGGCUGGUGGAAAGCCACAACAGUCUCCACUACAGCGAAAAAUCAAUCAGCCACUAGGCGAGGUUGAUAACAUUGUUUAACCGGACGUUUUGUAAGAGACACAUUUUUCAUGUUUUCGUAGGUUUGUAUUUUAGUGACUGUUGAUUGAUUACAGUAUAAUUCCAAUUGUAUAAAAGUAGUAAAUCAGUCGCGGGGGAAACAGGGUGCUCUUGCAGUUUAAUUGAAGCACAUAACACAUGACGUGUGCUGCAACAGACGUAUAAUGGAAGGCUCCGAAAUAAGGACAUUCAUGAAAAAUGGCAGUCCGAGCAACAGUAAAGGAAGAUAGUUAUAGCCACCACUUACAGUGGCUCAUACCAUGACAGUAAUGAUAGUUUUAGUGAUGAUACCUUACACAAGACAUCGAAACAAUGACACACAAUGUAAUUGAGGAUUUUGGUAGAUAGUCAUGUAGCAAAUCUCACAUGGACUAGUCUUAAUGACCAUAGAAACAGCUUGUGGUUGCUUGCGUGUCCAUAGAACCCAGUGAUCUAUCGUACAUUUCAGUACAGUACAGCUGAUUCGGUGAUAUAUAUAUAUCACGAAAAGUUGUCAUCUCUUGUGGCGCUAAUUACAGCAAGACUAUCUGGAUUGAUGUCAAGAUGUGGCAUUGUAUAUGUGUAGACGUAGGCACAUAUCGGAGGAUUCUGACGUCUUUUAUUACUGUCUGCUAUUCUCUCUUAUGAGCAAGGUGUCAGCACGUGAGUUUCAGCGAUCAUUGUUGUGACAGUCGCCUCAAAAGCGACACCUGUUGAUGACGUUCUGAACUGCUGAUACGGCAAAUGCCUCCGAUUUCGAGGACUCGUAUUGUUGCUACUAGACGAAGUUAUCUAAUUGUAACGACGCUUCAACUUCAGAUGUAUCAUUGUCUCAAUGCUUGCUCUUUUGUGGAUGUAGAUGAGAUAAUUGUAUUUAUGAAAUGAUAAUAGUGGUAGUUGUUGUUGCUGUUGCCGUUGCUGUUGUCGAUUAGUGAAAGUUGUUUGUAUUGCAAUGUAGGGUAUAACCGUUGCAGAACCUGAUGAGAUGUGCAAUGUUGGCAACUAACUGUUUGUAAAACCUGAAAUAUUUACCUGACAGGUGCAUUUUGUAUGGCGUUGUGAUAUCUUUGCAUUCGUAUUUGUAGACAAUCGUAUUUGUGUCAAUAAA